AUGCCCGGCAAUCACUGCCGCGGCGGCGGCACCGCGCCGCCCUCCGGCCGGGAGGCACCCGCCAGCGGUGCCCGCCCCGGCGGCGGAGCCGCGGCCCAUCCCCUCCCCGCGCCCCUCCCCGCCGCGUGGCUCUCCCCUUCGGCGGCACUUUUGGCCUCGUCCUUCCCUCUCUGCUCGGGAUCCCCUCCUGCUCUGUCUUGCCUGGGGGGGGCUAUGGCAGCUUCCGAUGCCGGUCGGCGCCCGCAAAAUGUUGGCUGUCGAACUUUGUCCUUGUCUGCUCAUGUUGGGUUUGAUAGCUUACCUGACCAGCUGGUUAGGAAAUCCAUCAAGCAUGGCUUCUGCUUCAAUGUUCUUUGCAUUGGGGAAACUGGAAUUGGGAAAUCAGCCUUAAUGAGCAGUUUGUUUAACACCAAUUUCGAGGACUCUCCAUCAACACAUUUUCUGUCAAGUGUGCAACUUAGAGCCCAGACUUAUGAACUCCAGGAACGUAAUGUUCUUUUGAAGCUGACCAUUGUAAAAACAGUGGGAUUUGGUGACCAGAUGAACAAAGCAGAUAGCUAUCAGCCAAUAGUGGAUUAUAUAGAUGCACAAUUUGAAGCCUAUCUCGAGGAAGAACUGAAAGUUACACGUUCUUUAUUUAGCUACCAUGAUACUCGCAUCCAUGUCUGCCUCUAUUUCAUUUCACCUACAGGCCGCUCCCUAAAAACCCUAGAUUUGUUAACUAUGAGAAACCUAGACAGUAAGGUGAACAUUAUACCAGUUAUAGGCAAAGCAGACAGCAUAUCUAAAACUGAGCUACAAGAGUUCAAGAAAAAGAUAAUGAGUGAAUUAGUUAGUAACGGCAUCCGGAUAUACCAGUUUCCUACUGAUGAUGAAACCAUUUCUGAGAUUAAUACCAUGACAAAUGGUUAUUUGCCAUUUGCUGUGGUAGGAAGUAUGGAGAAGGUGAAAAUUGGAAACAAAAUGGUGAGAGCUCGUCAAUACCCUUGGGGCGUUGUAAAAGUGGAAAAUGAGAGUCACUGUGACACUAUAAAGCUUCGCAGGAUGCUUUGCACAAAUAUGGAAGACUUAAGAGAGAAGACUCGUGCAUAUUAUGAGUCCUACAGACGCUGCAGACUAGAAAAGUUGGGUUGCAGAGACACUGGCCCUGAGAACAAGCCAGUCAGUCUGCAGGAAGUCAUUGAGGCAAAGAGGCUCGAGUUCUGCCUUGAAACGGAAAGAAAAGAAGAGGAGAUUAAACAACGAUUUGUGCAGAAAGUGAAUAAGAAAGCAGCACUGUUGGAAGAGGCAGAGCAACAGGGACUGACUAAAUUUGAACGUUUUGUGCCAAUGCCUCAAGAAGAGGAGCUGAAAUUGGGGGAAAAGAUAAAACUUCUAGAAGAUGAAAUAGCUCGGUUUAUUGAGAAGAAAGCUAUCGAUUCAGUCACAAGUGUGUGUCUCUGCCCCGUUCUUAGUUUGAAGACACAAGGACUGCAAAAAAACCAAGAUUUUCACCUUGAAGUCCAAUGCUUUCAUGUCAGAGAUGAAGGAACUAUGAAUGUUGGGGAGCAGAGCAAGAGGGAGAGUGAGAAGGAGGAGUUAGAGAGACAAAUUCAUCCAGGGAAUUUCAAGAAUAGUAUUUGA